AUGUACAUUCUUUUAGCCCGCCCUUGUGAUGAUAAUGGCAUGUUUCUCCCCCCUGGAAGCCUACCUAAACCACUCUCUGAUAAAUCCUCCUCUGACUGGACUCCUUACCGAAAUCAUGUCGAAUUUGAAACAGCAGAGUAUUUAUUUACCGAGAAUCAGACGCCUGCAGGUCAGAUCAAUAAACUCCUUGAUCUCUGGGCCUCAACCCUCAAGAAACAUGAUGACAAGCCUCCAUUUGCCGACUUUCGCAACCUUUACAAAACCAUCGACAGAACACCGCUUGGGGAUGUGAAGUGGCAGUCAUUUUCAGUUCGCUACAAUGGCGAAAAACCAGACACUGAUGCACCGCCAUGGAUGGAUCAAGUCUUUGACGUCUGGUACCGUGAUCCACGAGAGGUCAUCCACAACAUGCUUGCAAAUCCCGACUAUGCCAAAGAGUUUGAUUACAGACCCUACCGCGAGUUCUCAACUGAUGACGACGAGCGUCAGUGGAAGGACUUUAUGUCUGGUGAUUGGGCAUGGGAUCAGGCUGACAUAAUCUCCGAAGAUCCAGAAUCACAUGGAUCCACAUUCGUACCUGUUGUUUUAGGCAGUGACAAGACUACAGUUUCCGUUGCAACGGGAAACAACGAAUAUUACCCGCUCUAUGCAUCUAUUGGCAAUGUUUGCAAUAACGAACAUGCGACUAGUGAUGUGAAGUUCCGAAAGUUUCGCCGGCAAUUGUUUCACUGUUCACUCUCCAAGAUUCUCGAAACACUUCGUCCUGGUAUCACCAAGUAUGAAGUUGCACGUUUUGGUGACAGACAUUUCCGCCGUGUGAUAUAUGGUCUGGGACCAUAUAUUGCUGACUACGAGGAGCAAGUCUUAUUGACGUGCAUCGUGCGUGGUUGGUGCCCAAGAUGUUUGUCUUCACGUAUCAAUCUAGACGAGCCAGCCGAUGUGCUUGUCGAGGAGGGUACUCUCGAUGCCUUAUGGGAUGAAUAUGGCAUUGUUGCCGACAUCCAUGAACUCAUUGCCCCCGAUAUCCUUCACCAGCUUAUCAAAGGGACGUUCAAAGACCACCUGGUUGAUUGGAUCAAGAAGUACCUAUACCAGACGCACUCGAAGAAAGAUGCUGAGCGCAUCAUAGAUGAUAUUGAUCGAAGAAUCGCUGCUGUUCCGGCCUUUGCUGGUCUUCGGCGCUUCCCACAAGGACGAGGCUUCAAGCAGUGGACGGGUGAUGACUUGAAAGCACUUAUGAAGGUAUACUUAUCUGCUAUUGAGGGAUAUGUCCCUGUGGAUAUGGUCCGGACAUUUCGAGCCUUUCUCGAAUUUUGUUAUCUUGUCCGACGCAGCAUAAUCACGGAGAAGACGCUCGAGCAAAUCCAGGAGGCACUUGACCGGUUUCAUCGGCACCGGCAAAUUUUUGAAACACUCGACGUUAUUUCAACAUUCUCACUCCCUCGCCAGCAUUCCCUUCAACACUACAUACACCUCAUUCGACUUUUUGGGGCCCCGAAUGGUUUAUGCUCUUCGAUCACCGAAGCUAAGCAUAUCAAAGCAGUGAAGGAGCCAUGGAGGCGCUCCAGUCGGUACGAGGCACUGGGCCAAAUGUUGGUCACAAAUCAAUGCCUCGACAAGCUCGCAGCAUCACGCGCUGAUUUUACUCAACGCAAGAUGCUUAAUGUGGACAAUGACAACGACAAGAAUAACGAAGUCGACGACGGACCAACAAAUGUCGAAGCACGCGUGGAGUUGGCCAAAACACCUCAAUAUAAAUGUGCUUGCACCAUUGCUGCAUUAGCAAUUGAAUUAUCAAUCCCACAUCUCUCGAAUCUUCUGCGACACUUUCUCUUCGGUCAACUCAACCGCAAUGAUCCCCGUGAUCCAUCAGAGGUUCCCCUAGCUUACUGUCCCCAAUUCGACAACAAAAUCAGUGUUUUCAACUCUGCUUGUUUGAGAUUUUUUGCACCAAGUGAUCUCAGUGGUAUUGGGGGCAUGCGCCGUGAGUAUAUUCGUGCAUGUCCGAUAUGGAGAAACGAGCAUCCUCGGUUUGAUUGUGUCUUCGUCAACACGAAUCCAGGUCUCGAUGGUAUGAGGGGCAUGGAUGUCGCACGAGUACUGACAUUUUUUUCUUUUACUUACAAGCGAAAAUUAUACUCAUGUGCAGUUGUGCGGUGGUUUGAUACCAUUGGAGACUCGCCGAACGAAGACACUGGAAUGUGGGUUGUACAGCCUGCUCAUAAUAACAACAACACGCCCCAUAUUUCCGUCAUACAUAUUGAUUCAAUCUACCGCGCCGCACACCUUAUUCCUGUAUAUGGUACUCGAGUUAUUCCUGCGCAACAUCACCACCAUCAGACCUAUGAUAUUUUCCACCAUUUUUAUGUUAACAAAUAUGCAGAUCAUCACUCCUUUGAAAUUGCAUUUUAG